UGUUAUGCUUUGCAGAGAGCAGAGGCGGCUGUUGGCGGAGGGUUUACAGGUGUGUGGAAGCUACAGGUGACGGAAAAUCGGCGUCCAUCAUGUAUUCGUCAUCUGCCCCCAUCUGGAUCCUGCUCAUCCUUCUGCACGUCUCCUGCUGCAACAGUGAUGAUCGGCCUCUGGUGCACACCAAGUACGGCCCGAUAGUCGGCAAGCGAGUCCGUAUGCACCAGUACAACCCAAACCUCCAAGAUGUCAUGCAGUUCCUGGGUAUCCCCUACGCGCGUGCACCCGUCAGAGACCUCCGCUUCAGGCCGCCAGAAAAACCGGAGAAAUGGAAAAUUGUGCGGAACUGUACGCACUUUGCACCCGUAUGCCCACAGUCGCUAGAUCUGCCGGAGUCUCAGCCUGUACGACCGUCUAUGAGAAGGAAGUGGAAGGCCAUGAAGCCGUUAUUGACAAGUAUGGAUGAAGACUGUCUGUACCUGAAUGUAUACCAUCCAGCAGAUGUAGACCCAGAAAACAUUGACAAAAAAGAAAGAUACCCCUUGGCUGUGAUGGUUUUCAUCCACGGAGGAGAUUUCAUGCACGGAGCGGGGAGCAUGUAUGAUGGAAGCGUCUUAGCCAGUCACGGGACUGUGGUUGUGGUCACGAUCAACUACAGAAUUGGCAUCCUCGGGUACCUGAGUACCACGGAUAACAGCGCUGUUGGUAACUUCGCACUAAUGGACCAAAUUGCGGCGCUGCGGUGGGUGAAUGACAACAUAGCCAAUUUUAAGGGUGACCCUACUCGCGUUACCCUGUUUGGCCCUGAGACGGGAGCUGUUAACAUCAAUCUGCUGACCCUCGCACCUGAAGCAGCCGGUCUAUUCAGAAGAGCGAUUCUUCAGGGUGGGUCGGCUAUAGCUUCCUGGUCAUUGUCUCCCGACCCAAGGCGCUUUUCUAAUCUUCUAGCAGAGAACGUUUCCUGCUGCAGGCCCAACACUACACUGGGAGUUGAAUGUCUCCGCAAUGUACCAUGGAGAGAUCUUCUUGCGGUGGAGAUAAGUUCCCCGAAUCCUUUCAAAUCUACAUUUGGACCGAUCAUAGAUGGUGACGUCGUUCCAGACAAUCCCAAAACACUGAUGCGUGGAGAACUGUUCCGGAGUUACGACAUCCUAAUGGGCGUGACGGAACAAGAUGGGUACAAGUAUGUCGAAGAUUUCCCUGGGGUAGAUGAAGGUAUUGAUGAUGAGGGGUUUCGUUUAAUAAUCGGUGACUUCGUCAACCAAGUUUACCCCUACAGAGAAAACGAGAUACAAGAUGCCGUGGCGUUCAUGUACACGAACUGGGGCGAGGAAAACAACAGAACGAGAAGAGACGGUGUGGUCAGGAUGUUUACAGAGCACCAAGUGGCCGUGCCACUUAUCAUAUUGGGCAACUUGCAUUCCAACGAAAACUAUGAGACAAGCACGUAUUUCUACACGUUCAACCACAGACCGAGCUCCAGUCCGUACCCAGCCUGGGUGGAAGCGGCACACAGUGAGGACCUUCCCUUCGUCCUCGGUGCUCCACUGGUGGGACUGCGGAUCUACAGAGAUUCUAACUACACAAAGUCGGAGAUUAUGCUGAGUGCCGCCAUCAUGACAUACUGGGCAAACUUUGCUAAAAGCGGGUAA